UUUCGUCCUUUGGUUACGGCAGUAAAAAGAGAAGGAGAUCCUUUUACAGCUGUAAAGACAAUAGAAGCAGAAUUUUCUCCUCAAGAGAGAAAGCUUAUUGAAACCGAAUCAGAUGAUGCGAUCGUAAACUCGUUAGAAUCGAAGUGGUUUUCCAGUGAAUAUAAUGCCUUCGACGAUAUUUUUAAGGAACUUCCUGUAGAUUUCACACUUAAAGUGCUUAACGAAAUAAAAUCUUAUUAUCAAUUUGUUCUUGAAGCUGUGGAUAGAACUCAUAAUAAAGCCAUAGCUCUGCAUCAAAAAAAAAUUGGUUUGACUUGUUACUAACAUUUGCUGAACUCCACCGCGUGCAGGCCAUAAAGCAGCAGCUUCAAGUUUCUUCUUCUUUAUGCGUUUCCAUUAGAAUGCGGCUAUCAUCGUUCGCUGGCGGCUGUUGCGCAACGUCGUUGAGGCUUCUCGCUUAUUAUCGCCGCAAAGUCCAUUUAGCCAAUGCAAUUAAAAUGAUGGAAUCCAUAAAAAAUAUGCUACAAAGCGGCAACGGUUUUAAGGAGUAUUUGUAUAAAAAAAAUUAUGCAAAAGUAAUUGAAAUCUACCAAUCGCUAGAAGAAAAACUUUCUAACAUGACAGAUGUUAUAUGUUUGCAACCAUUAAGGGCCAAUAUUUCUUCUUCAAUUAGUACAUUUGCUCAACGAUUAAAAAGUGCAUUAAUUAGUGGUGUUUUUGAAAAUGCGCACUGCUGUGAAAUGGCAGAAACUUUAAGAAUGUUGGAUGUGCUUAACAGACUAGACGAAAUUCCGAGUGACAUAUGCAAAGUGUACUUCAGCAGGGUUGAAGAUUUAGCUAAGCAUGCCCAUCAAAACUUUUUAUUGGGACCCACGUCAUAUGAAUGGCAUCAAAGCGUAGUGACGUUAUGCAAGAAUUAUUGUGAAGAAAUAAACUCCUUGCGACUCUCUUUUACUAAAUACUCAAAGUUGAUUCGUAAAAUAUACAAAGAUUUUCCUAAAGAAAAAUGUGAAGAACCGGAAACUUUAAUAUCUCAAGAAAAAAUACGAAUGUGGGAAGGAAUUCAAUGGCAUGUGAGCAAUGCUCUUUCCGAAAAUUUGCUGAAGGUUCCAGUAAUGUUAGAAGACUUUAUUGAAACUUUUGAGCAUCUUCAAAUAUUUGUUUUUUUUGGAGAACUUUUUAGUUCCUGCCAUUCUCACCAGCUUUUUGAGUUGAUCAGUGAAAAAGCUCAAACUUUUUUUAAUGACUUUCACAAGUCAAAAGUGGAAGAUAUCAAGGCCAUGCUUGAAGCAGAAGCGUGGCAUUCUCUACCCGUGUAUGAAAACUUUGACUUCUUUAGCUUCCGGGAGUUUUCUUUUGUGAAAAGUAUUAAUAAAGAAGCAAAGGAAAACCAAAGAAGUAUAUUGACCGCCAUUUUUGAAAACUUUAAUAAUCCUUUUAAAGAUCCUUUUUUAAGCUCUUUAUUUUCGGUGAUUAAUGAAAGUCUUAACAAUAAUGUUUUGCAAAAGUUUACUUCCCACCAACAAACCAAAGCAAAAAGCAAAGUAAUUACGCCAGUCACUAUAAGUAUUGCAAAACUUAUUGGAACUUAUUUGAAAGUUAUUUAUGUUUUUCCUGAUAUUUCGAAAGGAGUUUUAGAGGCUCUAAUCAGUAUUUAUGAUAUUUACGUCUUUACCGUUUUCAAAUUUUUUGGGCAACAUCCUCUAAUGGAAAACAGUCAUGAUCUUGUUAAAAACUUUGAGGACAGCACAGCCAAUGAGAAUUUUGUGAAGUCAGCCAAAAUGAAAAUGGCCUUGAAAAGAUUUUACAAAAUUAUGACAUCCGACCUUUUCCAAGCUCAUUGCAAUAAUUUUUUUGAAUGCUUUGAAAACUGGAGAUCGAGUGUAACUUUGAAUAAUCCUCAUGAUAUUUACGGUCUUUCCUAUCGAAUAAUCGGAAUUGAGUCUCUUUAUGUUAUCAAAGACCUAUUCAAUGCAAGUCAGGAAAUUGUCAACGAACUUUUCUUAUAUCACCAGCUUGUUCCUCCUAAACUACACUGUCUAUCGGUUUCUGUGAUACCAGAACUAAUUCUUUUUUGCUACAGUAACGUGUUAUCAAAAAUAAUAAAUUUCGACAAAGUUUUGAACGAGAUGCGCACGUGCAACUGGGAUCUAAAUCACGUCGGGUCCCAACAUAAUCGUUACGUGGACAAAAUGAUUGACGAACUCUUCGCUUUCCACGUGUUGCUCUAUAAACAGACGAGUAUAACUCAUCGACAUAAAAAAGUCGUUUGGGCACAAGCAUUGCGGAAUGCAAUGCUCGUAUUUGUCGAAGGUUUCUCAAUGUCGGAAAAGUGCACCAAUGAAGGUAGAGCUUUAAUGAAGCUCGACUUAUCUCAGUUUAAGUCAAAGCUACAAAAGUGUUAUUCGCCCAAACUCGUUCCCUAUUUUUCACUCGCAGAAGAAUACAUCAACGCUUUUUAUAUAAAAGAAAGCGAACUAGAAAACUGGAUUUUAACUAAUUCGGAUUAUUCAAAAAAACAGCUAAACAGUUUGCUUAACUGUCGAACUAUAACUGAUACAAAUCUUAAAGAAAAACUUCGACUAUUAGUAGAGUUGCGCGCUUCCAAAUAA